AAAUGCCAAGGGAUAGAGCUGCUUGGAAGUAUUCCAAAAAAACAAUUUCUUCUCCCCAAACCCGACAGAUUAAUAAAGCUUGGAGGACUGGUUUGGAUAAACGACAGACAGAGGGGGGAGGUCACAUAGUAAACGAGAAUGUAUGCCCAGGACUAUCCACUCGGAGCCGCAGAACCUUUGGACCAAUGACUGGGACUUCCGCUGUCCAGCCACCAUUGAUGUUGCCGCGUGUUAGCAUGCAGGCUCAUGGAGCUAGACUGGCUGGGAACCAGUCAGGGGAAUCAACAGACGAAAGUGCUCAUAGAUUGAGCAAAAAUGUGCAGACUAGAGUCUCAGUUCAAACACGCGAAAUUCUUGGAUCCAUCACUCCGACUGCUGAGCUGCUAUCACCAUCUUGGCAUACCAAUUCGAAUGUCCCUGUCCCAGUGCCUACACAAAUAGAGUCUAUUUCCCAUUCCAAUACUUUGGGGGGGACAAUUCCUCGCUUGCACAACAACUUGACGCGCACCGAUACCUUCAUCCCAAUGACAAGGACAUCCCAAGGGUUGGGGUCUUUAGCAGUAUGAAUAAUGAAGAACAGAAAGAGGUACUCACACGGAUAGCCAGCAAGUAUUAUCCUGUGUAGCACUCAGUAGUUGACUCAAUAUGGGGGACGGGGGGAAAGAAUGAUGAUGAUAGCUCGAUGUUGCAAUGGCCCGCACGGUUUUAAGUGGCUAAUGAACAAGAACAGAUAUUGGACAAAUGGGAUAAGCAAAUAGGGUGGGGAAACUGCUGCACAUGGAACGGCACAGCGUAGUGGGGUGACAAAACUCGGAGUGGGACAAGAUGCAGAAAGGGGACCUAAAACGAUAUCGCAACGUAAAAUGCAUACCAGAACAUCAUUAUGUCUUGGCUUCCAACACUGCAACAGCCCCAGCACCUGGAAGGAUGGAGAGUGAUGCGACGCGAUCAUGUUUGGCACGUCCAUAGUUCAAUCACUAGAAUCCCCAUUAAUCUACUCAUAUUUGCAUGGGUUUAAUCAUCUAUCCUUACAAUCUCCUUACUUCCAAAGUUUUAACGUGGUUUCCAACCUAGAGACGAGGGGUUUGGAAGAGGAGGACCGUCUGGCCACGAUCGGGGCCAGUUUU